GAUCAAAGCCUCAAGAACAAGCAGAGCAGACACAGAAGGUAACAUAAUUAUUCCGAAGCAUGUAACUUUGGACAUAGUAAGCGAUUUGGAAACCUUUACAUUUGAUUUAAAAGUGAACAGAAGAAAUUAUCAAAGAAUACCGGUGGUUACUAUUGUAGGAAACACCUGGCAACAACGUAAUAUUGAAAUGGAAAAGAAUCGUGUAGGGGUUUAUGGAACAACAAAUGCAUCAUUUGUACUAAAAUUUACUGAUGACAAAGUUAUCUCAUGUAAAGGGUUCUUUAUCAGUAACAACUACAUAUACAACGUUCAUCCAAAUGACGUCAAUUUUACAGCGCACGUGAUAUACAGGCAACCUCAUCCGACUUUUGAUUUUUCUGCGGGAGAGGGUCGUAUACUUACUAAGAAUGUUUCAGAAAUGGAAGUUUUACAGCAUAAGAGAAAUGUACCUUUUAGAGAAAAGCGUCAAGCACAGCUGUAUGAAAUAGAACUGCUGAUUGUUGUGGAUUUUGCUCUCUUUACACAGUUAUCUGCAUCCUUCGCCAGUGUUGGAAGUGAAGAUGUGCUAGAGGACAUUGUUCAUCACUUUGCAAUAAUUGUCAACGGCAUUGACGCACGUUUUAAAGGGAUCAAAGAUUCUGGUUACGUAUUAGACGUGGUGUUUAUUGGAAUAUAUAUUGCACAGGAUCAGCAUUCGUCACCCUGGUCAGAAUCAGUGACGGAAACAUCCUCAACACGUCCGGUAGUUAGUGAGAAAUCAAUUAAACUGUUAACAGAAUGGAUAAAAGUUCAUCAGCAUAAUUUGCCAGAAUUUGACCAUGCGAUGGCAUUCACCGCUUAUAACCUUCGAAAACAAGACAACCACAAGACGUUAGGGUUAGGAUACAUACAGAGUAUGUGUACUGGAAGGAGAUUCUCUAUCGUAGAGCACCACGGAGACAUCGCUUACGUUAGCUAUGUUGCCACACACGAACUAGCUCAUAGUUUAGGGGCCAAACAUGACGGAUAUCCUGCCAGAGUGAUGUAUGGUCACCGUGUGGAGAUAUGUGAAGCCGUGGACGGUUAUAUAAUGUGUCCCAAGGCGUCAAGAGAUCCAGAUGCGCAUCACAGGAAGUGGCAAUUUUCGGCUUGCAGUAUUUUGUACUUUAAUUUCUUCCUUGACUAUUUAAAUGAUAAUAAAACUAACUGCCUGACAAAGCGAUCGUCCUGGCACAGAGGGAGUGAUUCUACAAUGUAUACAGACGAUUAUCUACGUGUCUAUAGUCCAGAUGAGCAGUGUGGACUAAAACAUGGAACCGGCUUCGUUUUAGACAGAAAAGCAUCAAGCGCAAACAUGAGCAAUAUUUGUCACAGUAUCCCGUGCCUCAACCCUGGCGACAGACACUCUGUCAUACCUACCCUUCCUCUUGAGGGCACACUUUGUGGUCGUCGAAAGGUUUGUCAUUAUGGCCGAUGUAUUGAUGCCGACGGCAACACUCUCAGAGAUAAAGAAAUUUCUGACAAUAAAUGCGUGUUUAGAGACCAACCGGGUAUAAUAUCAGGAACUGGACGGACUUGUAAGGAAUUGUUAGGACCUACUAACUUUGCCUUCAGGUGCUAUACUUACGAGAAGCAAUGUUGCCACACAUGUGCCUGGCAUCGUAGAGAGUUUACCGCAAUAGAUGCCUGUCCAUAUGGUGACAGAAAGGACGGUUGUUCUGCUUCCGACUGUACCGCUGGAAUCACGGAAUUAUGUUGUGAAACUUGUGCUAUAUCAGCUGGAUUACUGAAAAGUAAUGUUUAUAUUAUCUACUUCCUGUGAUCAUACAUAAUGCUAUAUAAAUCUUUCCAAGGAUAGGGAGAUAUGAAUACGCUAAACUGAUUAUAUUCCAAUAUGAAGAAACUGUAUUGAGAUUUAUAAGAGCGCUUUUUAUUCAAGUUUUCUAUCUGUAUGAAGCUAUACAAGCAUUAGUCGAUAUCGCUAAAUCAUUAUCACUGAAUGAUUAAAUG